AUGCUGCAGCCUUCAUCACCUGUUCUUCGUUCCUCUUCGCAUUCUCCAAGUUCGGCUUUUACAGAUAUCCAAGCCAAGACAGACGUGCAACCGCCCUGCUCAGCCAAAGUGAUUGAUGCCGAUGAAAACCUUCUGUUUCCUGAUGCAGUCUCUCUCGGCCGGGCGCUAGGAUGUCCCCCGGACUUAAAGUUGAAGUCGCUGGCAAUCGUAGGAAACACGGGAGACGGAAAGUCACACACUUUGAAUCACGCCUUCUGUGGUGGUCGGGAUGUCUUCGUGACUUCGGCUUCGCAAAAUACCUGCACCCUUGGGGUCUGGGCUGCCUACGAACCAGAACGAGGCUAUCUCCUCCUUGACACAGAAGGACUUCUCGGCGCCUGCACUAACCCCAACCGACAACGGCGUCUCCUUUUGAAGGUCUUCGCAGUGGCUGAUGUAUUGAUCUACCGCACCAUGUCCGAUCGCCUGCAUAGCGACAUGUUCACUUUUCUGGCCGACGCCAGCGAUGCCUUCGUGGAACACUUCAGACCGGAGCUAGAGAAUCUGGCCCAACGUAGUCAACUGCCUUGGUCGUCCAGUCAGUUGGGUCCCGCGGUAGUCAUCUUCCAGGAAACACAACAUACUGAGCCGCUAGACAGUGACCCCUCCUCUCCCAGCACUGGCGAUUCUGGGGUCAACAGCAAAUGCGCAUCUUUUCUGGCUGAGCGGUUUGCAAGCCUUCAGCGGAGUGCUGACGCCUUCUCCUGUCUCCGUUAUGUGGGAGUGCGAACCCACGAUCCGCCUACCGACUUUUCGACGCUGGUACGGACAGUGGAGGGUCUCAUGAAGGAUACAACUGUGCGAGUCCCUCGUCGCCUCUCCCACAUCUUCCAGAUGUUGGCCUCACUCAACGAGCACUUUGCCACCGAGAUACCCGCCACCAGUGCCAAUACCUUCGUGCAGGAGUACUUCACAUGUCCGGCCAAGUGCAUGAGCUGUCAGGCUCGUUGUCGCCUGGGCGUGAAUCACCUGCGUGAGGGCCUGGCGCACGAAUGUCGCACAGCGAUGGGUGAUGGCUGUCAGUACAAUCCCUCCCUUCAGAACAAGGUUUACUAUUGCAAG